CCUGACAUUAACUGCAUAUCAAAGCUGCAUAUUUACUUUGAACACUGGGACGAGUGCUACCUAUUGCGUUUGGUGCGGUCUAAGUACUAUUUUAAAAGUGGAUUAACUGUAUAUUUUCCUAAUAUAUCACUUGUCAUAAAGUUACGGUAGCUUUCCAACCUUUUACGAAAACAAUGGCCACGUUAGACGACAAAAUUCUGGGCGAAAAGCUGCACAAUUAUUGCAGUAGCAGUGAAGAUGAAGGCUCCGAUGAUGAGAGAAGUGGCGACGAGGAAGGGAACCCCGUCAAACCUGACGUCUCGAGUGCUGAGCCACCACCCAUCAACAACUGGACAGGAACAGCGAGCAACACUGGCCCGAAAGGAGUAAUUGAAGAUUGGCGAAGAUACAAGCAGUUGGAGGCAGAAAAUCGCGCAGAACUAGCAAAGGAACGCGUCGCAUUGGCUAAAAAGCUUACAAUGACCGUCAAAACUGACCGCGAACAAGAACAAGAGAAAAACACGGAAGAAUUGGAAGAUGAACUGAAUGAUUUGAUCGACGAAGAGUUUCUCAUGGAAUAUCAAAAACGUCGAAUGCAAGAACUAAUGACGCAGUUGCAGAAGGCGCCCAAAUUUGGUAAGGUUGUUACUUUGAAUACUAAAGAUGAGUUUUUAAAUGCUAUUGAUAAAGAAGAUCAAAAAGUUACAGUGAUUAUUCAUAUAUUUAAUAUUAACACUGUAGCAUGUGAAACCAUGAAUGGGUGUUUGGAUGUCUUGGCUGCUGAUUAUCCAAUGAUAAAGUUUUGCCGGAUAUCAGCAGAUAUUACUGGCUUGAGCAGGCAUUUCCGUGUUGAAGGUGUCCCUGCGUUAUUGGUUUACAAAGAAGGUCAAAUGAUUGGCAAUUUUGUACAGUUAGUAACUGAACUGGGAAAUGAUUUCUUUGCCACAGAUGUGGAGAGGUUUCUCAUAGAGUAUGGCAUGCUGCCUGAAAAGUAAAUGGGGUGCGGACUAAUUUGUAUUUUAUGUCUAUUUAUAUUAAAACAUAGUAUUUAAUAUGAACCCAGUAAUUUAAAAUUACCUUUUGUAUGUCUUUACAAGCAAUAUUUUUUGUGUGAAACAUUAUGAGCAUGAGUUGAAGUGUAUUAUGUUGCCAGAGUUUUGUAAGUGUUAUAUUGCUAUAUAUUUUAACGAAAAACAGACAAUGGAUGUCUUGCUUUUAGAAAGCAUUUGCUUUUGGUAGGCUACAAUAAAGGCUAUGAGAACCAGGGUGGUACAAAUAUUUUCCAUGAAACUGUAAACAGUAAUAUUUAACAACUAGGGAUUUUUAUAUUGUACAUUAUGCAAGAUAAAAAUAAUAAGAAUUGAAACCUUUUGUUUAAUAUUAAAAGAGAAUUUCCCGAAUAAGAGUACACUAGAAUGCUAAAUAUCAAAUUGAUAUUUAAAUUAAAUGUUUUAAACCAUUUGGUUGAAUGGCCUGAUUUUUGCCUUUACUUUGUUUAGCAGCAGGCGCAGUAGACAUAAUAAUUUAAUCUAUCAAGAUAACCUUUGCGUUUUUACUCUUUGGUAUCAACAUUAAACAACUUAUAAAGGCAAUACAUGAAAAUUUAAGGCUAUCAUUGAAAACAAAAUUAUUCAUAAAAUUAUGCUAUAAAAUGUUUAAGAUUAAGUCCUUUGUCUCCUUGCGUUGCAAGAAAAGUACAAUCACAGCUUUAAUUUCUAAAAUAUUACAAUAAAUUAAUUAUUUUAAAUUACAUAAAAUGUGUUUCAUUUUUAAUUUUUUAUUCAUGUUUGUAAUUUAUUCACUAACAUAAUUUAUUUAUGUGUUGAUGAAAAUUUUGCUAUGAAUUAUCCUUAUUAUUGUAAUAAUACAUUGAUACAUAGACUGCCCUAGUUGCCAACUAUAUGCAUAUCUUAUGUAUGUCUUCAUAAUAGUAUUUGUGUGAAUCUCUUAUAGAAUGGUAGGUAUAUUGUGUAGUAUGUAACAAUAUGACUAUGUAUGCAGCAUGUAUUUAUCCCUAAUAUACAUAAUAAAACUGUGUAAUAAUUAGUAUUUGUGAAAACCCUAACAAGUCUAAUUGGAGCAUUGUAUGUUGAUUGCUGGAUUGAGAUUUUCUUGAUAUGUGGAUAAAGUAGUUUAUACUUUAAAUUUGUAUAUUAUAGAGUGCCUUUCUACCUGUGUGCUAUUACAAAUAUAUAAAUAAACAUUAUACAAACAUCAAGGCAAAAUAUAGCAUUGACACAUUAGUAUCAUAAUCAACAUUAUUUUAAUAAUGCUAUGAAUUGUUUUUUUUACAACAAUUGCAUUUUUUUGGUAUUUAUUGAUAGAUUAAGAAUUUGUAGAUCUUAGCAAAUAUUGUCCAACUACCUCCUUUAGUUAUUAUUUUUAAUUAAUGCUACUUACUAACAUUCCUAAUGCUUAUAAAAAAUCUUCUGUAUGAAGAUUGUGUAAUAACCAAAUUUUAAAUUAAGAGUCCAAAUAAAGAAUGAAUACCUAUAAAAUGUACUUAUUAAUGUAUUUUAUAAAUAUAUUUUUUUCCAAUUGUA